AUGUCGGUCAAGUCUGAUUGUCUCCUACCACACUCCAACCUCUCUCCACACCCUCCUACCACCCUCUCCAACCUCCCCCACACCUCUCCCAGCACUCUCUCCACCUUCCUACCACCCCUCUCCAACCUCCCCCCACACCCUCUCCACACCCUCCACCCCCUCUCCUCCCCUCCCCACCCUCUCCCAGCACACCUUCCUACCACCCCUCUCCAACCUCCCACACCCCUCUCCACACCCUCCUACCACCCCCUCUCCAACCCUCCCCACACCCUCUCUCCCCACCCUCUCCACCCUCCUACCACCCCUCCUCCCACUCCUCCCCACACCCUCCCUACCACCCCUCUCCACACCCUCCUACCACCCCCCUCUCCACCCUUCCUACCACCCUCUCCCACCCUCCUACCACACCUUCCUACCACCCCCUCUCCAACCCUCCCCACACCCUCCUCCUACCACCACCCCCUCUCCACCACCCUCCUACCACCCCUCUCCAACCUCCCCACACCCUCCCUCCUAUCACCCCCCUCUCCCAGCACCCCCUCCCCACCCUCCUACAACCCCUCUCCACACCCUCCUACCUCCCUCUCCAAACCCUCCCCCCACACCCCUCUCCCAGCACCUCUCUCCACCCUCCUACCACCCCCUCUCAAAUCUCCCCCACACCACCUCCCACCAACCCUUUUCCCAGCACCUCCCCCACCUCCUACCACCACCCCUCUCCCAGCACCUCCCCACACCCUCCUACCACCCCCUCUCCAACCUCCCCCACCCUCCCAUCACCCCCCUCUCCCAGCACCUCCCCUCACACCCCCUACCACCCUUCUCCAAGCACCCCCCCCCCAUCCUCCUCCUACCACCCCUCUCCAACCCUCCCCCACACCCUCCUACCACCCUUCUCCCAGCACUCCUCCCCACCCCUCCUCCUACCACCCCUCUCCAACCUCCCUCCCCACACCCAAGCGUUACCCUGCUCCACUUUACACGUAUUCCCACUCCCAGUUAAUCAGCCCGCCAUGUACCGAUGCCUAUCUCUCGCCGUCUCUCGCCCGCUACACUCAUCUAAGUUCUCCGGUGUCGUCCAAUGGACGUUCUUAUACCGGAUCGGUUCCGCUUAUGUUAGCCCAGCGGGCGAGUGUGGGUUCUCCUUCAAAUGAGUUGCUUAGAAAAUACCUCUCGGCGCAGCAAAGCCGCUGA